AUGUUGCCCACUUCACCCGUACCCGCAAGGCGCAACUCGCGCAUCCCCGUUCGCACCUCCAUCGAGGAGCGUGACAAGUCGAGCAAACGAGCCUCAACGGCCCUGGAGCGACGCAUUGACGCAGUCCUUAGCAGUGUACGCCUUUACUAUCUCGGCAAAGUCGGCCCUUUUGCUUUCCUCAUCGGCAACGAUGACCAGCGUUACAAGGUCGUUCUGGGUCCACAGACUUGCUCGGGCUGCCGCCAGGAGCACUGCUGCCACCUGCUGUUUGUCCUCCUCAAGUUGCUCAAACUGCACCGUGAUAACCCGCUCAUCCGCCGCUCGAAUAUCCACGAUUAUGAAAUCAAAUCCAUGGUCAACAUGUUCAACGAGGCCGAGGAAGCCAAGAAGCAGCGCUGCUUGAGCCACGCCACCACCCUGGAUAGUGAGGAGGGCUGCCCCAUUUGUCUCGUUCAGGUCGUCGAGGGUGAAUCGGCCACUCGCUGCGCCACUUGUCGCAAUGCCAUUCACCUGCAUUGCAUGACCGUCUUGGCCCAUGGUUGUCGUGCCAUUGGGAAACAAACCAGCUGUCCCAUUUGCCGCUCCGAAUGGCAAGCCCUCACGGACCCGGUCAUCACCGACGAGAGUACCCCCUCCGCCCCGCAACUGAGUGAUGCGGCUCUAAAGACAAACGCCGCCAACGCCGCCAAUGUUGACCCCGACUCUCUCCUCUGGCUCCCCGAAGAGCACCGCUUACACGCUCGGCGGUGCUUCACCACGCUGGCCACCGACCGCAAGAACAGCGUGCAAGGACUCAAAGAGCAAAUGUCCAAGGAUCUGCUGUCCGAGCUCAUGAUGGCGGGCGUGGUGACACUGGACAUGAUCCUUACCACCACGUGCACGAGUCCACCGCGUCAACACCUGAGCACCCGUCUGCGCCAGUGGUUUGCUGGGCACCUGACCACCCUCAUUCAUUUGAACGAGCACUACAGCGGCCUCAUCUCCGCCUCGCCGACCGUCAUUCAAGCAGCUCAACGUUCUGAAGAUCUCAACUUUUUCUCCCCCAUCCUUGAGAACUGGCGCACAGCGGUCUUUGCUUCGGGUCAUCAACGUAUCAUUCGCAUGUGGAAGCGCUUGUCCCGUUGUACCGCAGACUUUCGUGCAGAUGACACCCUGGCCGCCCAGCAAGCGAGCUCGUCUCCUUCGUGUGAGGCCCUCAGUCAGUGCUCCGGAGAGAGCUUGGUUGCGGACGAAUUCGAAGACACCGACUCGUGCGCAUCGCCCGAGCCUGCCGCUGUGCCCAGUGUGGACGAAGACUAUCGCGAAGGCACUCAUUGGGAGCGGCGUGCCCUCUUGGGCCGGGGCGCUACUGGUCAAGUGUACGAGAUCAAGGACCUAGCCUCCGGUCAGCUGCUUGCCGUCAAAGAGAUUGGCCUCCCAGCCACCAUGGCCCCGAGCAAGCGAGUAUCACAGGUCGCGCGCUUUGAAAGUGAAUUUGACCUCAUCGACGGAAUCGGUUCUCACACCAAUUUGGUCCGCUACUUUGGUACCAACGCCACGCCUUCGCACGUGUGCCUUUACCUUGAGCUGCUCAAGGGUGGGUCGCUGCUGGAUUUGCUGCAUGAUCAAGGCGCUCUUGACAGUGUGCGAGCGGUGACCUGCCUCGUGCAAGUUGCCAAUGGCAUCGCGCACCUGCACAAGGCUGGCAUCAUCCAUCGUGACAUCAAAGCGGCCAACGUCCUGCUUACGGAAGAGGGUGUCGCCAAGCUGACUGAUUUUUCCGAUGCUCGUGCUCUGGCUGGGCAUGAAACUCAAGAGGGUGAAAUUCACUCCACUCAUGGCAGCCCAGCCUACAUGGCCCCCGAGGUCAUCCGAGGCGCCCAUAUCGGCCGGGCUUCGGACGUUUGGCAACUGGGCUGCCUCUGCAUUGAACUCCUCACAGCCCAUCCGCCGUGGCAUGAGCUCUCCUGCCUCAAUGCAUUUGCCCUCAUGUUUCAUAUUGCUGGCAGUGACAGCGUGCCUGCUCGUCCCAACACCGACGACGCCCGUCUCACGGGCUUGAUGGAUGCCUGUCUUCAGCGAGACCCCGGGGAUCGCCAGAAGAUUCGUGCCAUUCAGCGACUGUUAACUGGAUCGGAUGAGUCUUGA